ACCCCAGCCCAGGGGCGGACUGACCAUUUAGGCACUCGGGCACUGCCCGAGGGUCCGGGGUCAGUAGGGGGCCCCAUGAGAUGCCCCUGGUACCUUUUUCAUAGGCUUUUUUGAGUUUGGGCAAUGACACAGGGGCCCCAUGAUCCCCUAUUGCCCGGGGGCCCCAUGAGUUGUCAGUCCGCCCCUGGUCCAGGAGUGUUUUUUUUUUAAAUUCUUUGGGUAACUUGGAUAGGGGUUAGGGGCGAGUGGGAUGCUCCAAAAAAAGCCACAUACAACUGAG